GUCAUACUAAAGACUGGGGGGAGCUUCCUGCUACUUCGUUACUAUUUCCCUUUUUAUGGCUUAGACAUGAAAGUUGCUAGAAUAGAACAACCAGCUUGUGGUCACGUACAAGCCGCUUUCCCGUAGACAGGAUCAGAGGACACCGCGAGGCUGAGGCCUGAAGGCGGUGAGUGUGGACGUGGAUGUUUUGAAGCCAAGAAGAAAAUGAAAGGCGAAGGAUGUCUGAUCCCGCUGAACGGAGAAGGAAGACGGAAGCAGCUCAGAAAGUGACCUGUUGAGACGGCUGGCUGGAGGGCCAGUACCAGAAAUUAAACCAACUGCCAUUACUUUUCCCUGGGAAUUAAUGCCAUUUUUGUCCUCAUUCGCCUAGUCCAACCUAACAUUUGCCUGCUGAACCUGUUACAACACUGCAACAUGUGCAGUAGCUGUACAGCAAUUGAUGAUCCUAGAAGAGCACAGUAACAGCAGCCAUACAAGUAGAUGUUUCGGAAAAAAGCAUCUUCAUCCCUGAGAAUGAGAAGAAUAACAGAAAGCGCUAGAUACCGUGGACGGAGCUUAUCCUUUCAUGAGGUACGUGGCCAGCGUGAGAUAGAGAUGAGGGCUGCAGUCGAAGAAUCCAACAGCAGUAACAAUGUGAGUGGUGGCAGCACUGUCCUGCAGCGCCUCCUACAGGAGCAGAUGAACCGAAACUAUGUGUUGCAACAACAACAAGGAGGAGCUGGAGGUGGCGGUUACACAGGACAGGCACAGGUUGGCCCAGCUGAAGACCUCUCAAAGACUCCUCACAUUGCCCGCCAGGAGCCUCAAGGGCAGGAGCUGCAAACAGACAAUGGCUUGGAAAAGCUGAGCUCAUCUCGAGUAGGAGUAGGGGGAGGUAGCAGUGGUGGGGGAGGAGGUUUAGGGACUGGAAGUGGAGGGAAUGGCCAAGGGCCAUGCCCCAACCCUGAGGACCUACCAACAUAUGAAGAAGCCAAAGUGCAGUCACAAUACUUUCGUGGCCAUGGCCCUCCAUCUCAGUCUCAGCAGCUGAACAACCAGCAACAACAGCCUCCUCUUCCUGCGUCAGUGGGUACCACAUUCUAUGUCGCUGGGGUAAACAGCACCAAGGUGCGCACUGAAGGUCGCCCUACUGUUCAGCGAGUUAGUGGUGCUGGCAAAGUCCACCAAGAUGAUGGGUUGAAAGACCUGAAACAAGGACAUGUUCGGUCUCUCAGUGAACGACUUAUGCAGCUGUCUUUGGCCACCAGCGGUGUUAAGGCCCACGCCCCUGUCACCAGUGCUCCUCUCUCCCCCCAGCUGCCCCCUCCAGGUCCACCAGGUGACUACUACAAGCCACAACAUCGUGGGCCACCUCCAGACUACCCAUUUAAAGGUGUGGGCUCACCUUUCAAGCAACAGGAACCAGGAUGCAAUUUUUAUCAAGAGCAUAAGGGGAGGGAGCACUCAAAAGAAGUGCCCCAUGUUCGAUAUCAGCCUCCACCUGAAUAUGGCUCGUUCAGAUCCAGUAAGGAGGGUUCAACUCAGAGGCCUUUUCAACAGCACAGUCCCACAUGCUCAAUCACUUCCAUGGGCUCAUUGUCCCGCACCCAGUCCUCAGCGCUGAGCACUGUACUCAGUACCUCGCACUCCUCCCAUCCCUCUUUACCUCAGCAACAGCCCCAUGGCCAGGGAGAACCUUUGCCCAGUAUGAGUCUACGUGGUCCACAUGGUUCUGCCUCCCACCCUGCAGGGGAGCUUAUCAAUCUGGGACUCAUUCCCCUUACACCGCAGAGAGUCCAGAGUUUCCCCCAUGAACCAUAUGGUUCUACCGCAAGAAUGCACCAUCAGUACCAACAACAGCAGCAGCAACAUCAACAGUUACAAGCACCACCACCUCCCCAGCACCAACUUACAGUUCAGGGUGGACAUGUUUCCCUUCCUCACUCCUAUUCCCAACUGCAGGGGGAACCCUUUGCCAUUAUAGCACGCACACACCAGAUGGUGGAUAUGCUGACAGAAGAGAACAGGAUGCUGAGGCAGGAGAUGGAGGUCUGCCGAGAAAAAGUUACAAAGUUGCACAAGUUGGAAACAGAGAUCCAGCUGGUGUCAGAGGCCUAUGAAAACCUCGCCAAAUCCUCUUCUAAGAGGGAGGCCUUGGAGAAAACCAUGAGGAACAAACUAGAGUUGGAGGUGCGCCGGCUGCAUGACUUCAACAGGGACCUACGAGAGCGCAUGGAUACAGCAAAUAAGCAGCUUGCGGCCAAAGAGUGUGAUGGCUCAGAGGAUAAUCGCAAAACCAUAUCCCAGCUACUUGCACAGAACAAAGAUACGCAGCGUGAAAAGGAGAAGCUAGAGAUAGAGCUGAAUGCACUGCGCUCCACCACUGAAGACCAGAGAAGACACAUUGAGAUCAGAGACCAAGCGCUGAACAACGCCCAGGCUAAAGUCGUCAAACUGGAGGAAGAGCUGAAGAAAAAACAGGUGUACGUGGAAAAGGUGGAAAGGAUGCAACAGGCUCUGGCUCAGCUUCAGGCAGCUUGUGAGAAGAGAGAACAACUGGAGCAUCGACUUCGUACUAGACUAGAACGAGAGCUGGAGUCACUCCGCCUGCAGCAGCGUCAGGGAGUUUCCCAAAGCAGUGGUGCAGUUCCAUGUGAGUAUAAUGCAACAGUGUUAAUGGAGCAACUGAGGGAGAAAGAAGAGCGCAUCCUGGCUCUAGAGGCUGACAUGACCAAGUGGGAGCAGAAAUAUCUGGAGGAGAGUGUGAUGAGGCAGUUUGCACUGGAUGCUGCUGCCUCUGUUGCCACUCAGAGGGAUACGUCUACAGUAGUGACAAGCCACUCUCCCAGCUGCAGCUACGAGACAUCAGUGGAGGCUCGAAUCCAAAAGGAAGAAGAGGAAAUUCUUAUGGCCAACCGACGCUGUUUGGAUAUGGAAAGCAGAAUAAAGCAUCUCCAUGCGCAGAUCAUAGAGAAAGAUGCUAUGAUCAAAGUGCUUCACCAACGCUCCCGAAAAGACCCUAUCAAAUCUGACCAUCCAUCUGCAAUGAGGCCCUCUAAGUCUCUAAUGUCCAUCUCCAAUACUGGCUCAGGUCUGCUCUCUCACAGUCUGGGAGUCAGUAGUUCACCAAUCACUGAAGAACGCAAGGACACCAGCUGGAAGGGCAGCCUGGGUAUCCUGCUUGGCCCUGAGUUUCGUACAGAAUCUCUCAGGACAGAGUCGAUCUCAUCGUCCCCCUCCCCAGUUUUUCCCUCAACCCCAAUGACCGCAGGGCAUUCGAAGACAGGCAGCAGGGACAGCUGUACUCAGACUGAUAAGGGCCAGAGUCAGGAAAUCAGCAAGCCCAGCACUCCAGCCCUUCAAAGCAUGACACUUCCUGCCCGCCUGUCCAAUCCCAGCCCAAUCUAUAUCCCUGACCGCAUAGCAGAUGUGUUUCACAGCAGCACCCUGGAGCGGAGGCAUCCUAUCCACUUGAACCCACAGCAACAGGUCCUCUCUUCAGCCCAUCAGGAAGUGGAUAAUGACAUUGUGGAGAUUCUCAUCUGACCCUCGAUCUCUAGACAAACUAUCUAAACAAAGCUGGCAGUUAAACAUGAACAUCUAUCAUUCACUGUUAUGGGACCUUUAAAAAAAUAUUUGUUAAAAGCCCUUCUUUUGUCUUCCAACCAUUACAUUGAUCAGCACAGUCCUAACAUGUCAUUUAUUUACACCCCAGCUUGAUAACAUUAUUACAAUUAGUUUGCUGCUCACUCUACAACCCCAUUGUUGGUAUCAGGGACAGGUUUGUUGGGAUUUUCUCUGUUCACAUCUCAAAGUCAUUAAUUCGGAAUUUCACAUCUCAUUUUCAAAUGGUGUGGUUCACAUUGUAUACAUACAGUACAGUAUUGUAUGUAAACUGAUUUUUUUGUUCUGCUAUUGUGUUGUCAAAUGUAUUAUCCAUUUGGUAAUUUAAGCCACUCAUGUGCCUAGUUAUUGUUACUGAAAACCAGUCAGUUGUAUCUUGCCAUAGUAAUCCCAAAUAUUUUCAGACUUUAUUAUAUUAUACUUACCAAGCUAGGUAUUGAGUGUAAAUGUAAACUAAAAGUACUAUAUCUAUCCUUCUGCUGAAAAAUACACAAAAUAUUUGAACUAGUGCUGGGCUCAAGACUGACGUUAACACCGGCAAUGCGCAUUAAUGCAGUUUAUUUUCAUCAUUAAUAUUUGGAAAGUUCGUUGCCCACUGGCUCUAAAUACUCAUACAGACAAAAGAAGGGUCCCAGGAGGAGCAGGCUGCCUUUGGGGAUAGGGCCUAAGACUGCUACAGUGCUCACUGAACUGCAACCAAAUAGAAUAAAUAUGUUUUAAGUGGAUGUUAUCAAUUUAAAUCUCUUUCUAAUGGCAGAGUUCAUAGAACCAAGUCAUUCAUGGCAAAGCUCAAUCUGAAUCAGCUGAAUCACCAUAGUACUCUGAGUCUAAAGUAUCAUUUAAAUGCAAUACAUACCAUCGAUGCAAAUCACCCACCUAAACAAAAGUGAGGGAGACUUCAGCAGACUAAAUUAGCUGUAUAGUGUGGGAGAAGUAUAAACAAAAGCAAGGCAAUCUAACACAUGCCACAGCUAAGUGGUUAGAAACAAACUGCAGGCCGAUUAAUGUUGGAAGAUGUCAGUCUGAGGAACAUUAAUAGAAUAGAACCAAUGACGGCACUUCUGAGCCUUCUGAGACAGCGUUACAACGUACACCAACUGUUGCUCGCAACGGAGCAUAGUAGUUUUAAAAUAAAAAUCAUAUACUACUUUUGAAUUAGUGACUGAAUGCUUCUUAUAUUAUUGUGUUAAUCGCAGUUAAUUGCAGAAAACUGGUGCAGUUAACGCGAUUAAGGAUUUUAAUUGCCCAGCACUAAUUUGAACACUAAACAUGAUUUUGAAGUUAAAUUAAGUUUGAAUUAUAUGAAAUAUUGAUAAUAUUUAAAAAAAAAAACAUUCCAACAACUUGGAUAGCGUACACAAUGAUCCUAUAUUUCAAAUCAGUUUAUUGUACAUUAUACAUACAGUAACAAGUGGUUUUAUUGUGGUGAGAGAUGUUGUUAAUGUAACAGCUAAAAGCUUGACCCUUAAGACCACCAACAAAUGUUUUUUAUCUGUGUGACUAAAUACUUCUUUAGAGAAAAGCAGGAAACUGGACCUAACAACACACGAGUGGGAGUGAGUUUCUUAUUUUAACACUAAUAUGUUGGAACAGAAUAUACCUGAUAUGUAAUGUGAUCAUUGUGUUGUCUGACAUGGGCUAUUGCCUCAUUAUUAUUGCUUAAUAUAUAUACUCACUGUUUUUUAGACCUUUAAGGGCUUGAUUUAAGAACCCAAAUAAAUUAAUUUUUAUUAAUAAAUUA